CCUUUUUCCAUAGACACAUCCAUAAUCAGCUUGCCAUAUCACCCAAGCAAAACGUAUAGAGAUGUCACGGCUCUCCCCGUUUCGACCACUCGCCUCUCUGUGUUCCGCCGGACCAUCAAGAAUAUCUCGAAUCCCUGCUAGGAAAUUUGGGUUUUCGCCUUCGCCUUUGCCCGGACUUGAUGGGUUCUCGGACGAAGCUGCAAAUCCCGUUGUCAGGGAUUCUCUUGUACCUAUAGUGGUUGAGCAGACUGCAAGAGGAGAGAGGAGUUAUGAUAUUUAUUCAAGGCUGUUGAAGGAGCGAGUUAUCUUUCUUGGUCCUGUAAAUUCCCAAGACUCUACGCUUCUCACUGCCCAGUUACUCUUCCUUGAAGCAGAGGAUCCCAAGCGCCCUAUCAAGCUUUACAUCAACUCCCCUGGUGGUGUUGUUACUUCUGGCUUGGCGAUUUACGACACUAUGCAAUACAUCUCUCCGCCGGUGCAUACUUUCUGUAUGGGGCAAGCGGCGAGUAUGGGGAGUCUGCUAUUGGCCGGCGGCGAAAAGGGACAUCGAUAUGCGCUGAAAAACAGCAGUGUGAUGAUUCACCAACCAUCUGGCGGUGCGCAAGGCCAAGCAUCCGAUAUUGCUUUGCAUGCCAAAGAAAUCCUGCGUAUCCGUGCGGCCCUCACCGACAUCUACGCUGAGCAUUGUACUCGACCUGGAGAAGAGAGGUCCGCUGCAUUGGAUAGGUUUGAAAAAGCGCUGGAAAGGGACUAUUUCAUGACCUCUGAGGAAGCGGUGGAAUUUGGGAUUGUGGACAAGAUUGUGACGCAAAGGGGGAAAGAGGUGUCUGAGGAAGAAAAGUAAGGGCAUGCAUGAUGAGUGGCUGGCUGCAUGAGCGUGUCCGGGCGAGGCAGAGUCUCGCUGCUGGGCGACGCGCGUUCCUUUCAUGGUGGAUGUGUAUGACGGGCAGGGGAAGCAAUCAGGGAUGUAACUGACGGUGGUCUGUGCGCAUAGGGGGGGUCUUUGUGGCACGAGG